CCUACAACAUCUACAAAACACUAGUGAAAGAUGUAGACGCGAUGCAACAACAUUAUGGAGAACACAUAUAGAGCAAUUUGCGUCUUGGUUAAAACAGCAGGCAAGUUCAUAAUCAAGCUAAAAUUUACUUUGUUUUAUAUAUGUAUUGACACUUAACAUGUUUUCUUACAAAUACCUAUUACUUUGGAGAAUCACGAUGAAACACUGAGGUGGUUAGCCUACGGUCCUCGUGUUACUACUAGGUCUUUCACUGGUUACAUAAUCAAUGGUCUGCGGUUUCACACCAAUUCAGUUGACAGGCAAACUCAGAACAGUGGUGUUUUAUACGAGGCAACAUCAAUGUGUAGAUCUAGUGCAAGAGACACUUCUCAGAUGGUUGAUUUAGUUACAUUAUAUGGCAGAGUGGUGGAGAUUUUACUUAUCGACUAUAAUACAUUCUACAUCCAUGUUUUCCGCUGUUCAUGGGCAAACAUUGGUAAUGGUGUGAAGGUAGAAGAUGGCUUCAUCCUUGUCAACCUGAACCAAAGCCAACUGGCAUUUGCUAAAGAUCCAUACUUCCUAGCUACACAAGCAAAGCAAGUCGUCUAUUCUAGAGUAGAUGAGUCAUUAAGUUGGUAUGUAGCUUUGCGAUGUCCAACAAGAAGAUACAGUGAAGAAGAUGUGGCAGAUGGAAAUGCAGAUGUUGGUCCUUUACCACCAAUUGUCGCUAUGGAUGCUGAGGAAUUGGUUGAUGAGUCUAGAAAUGUCUGGACUGACUGUGAAGGCAUUUAUGUUUGAAUGGAAUGUCAUAUAUUACUUUCAGUGGCCUUUUGUAUAUCUUUUUGAGAUGCUUUUAAUCAAAUGAAAUUAUAUGGCUUUGAGUUGGUUUGAGUGUUGAUUUUCCUUGUGUCAUUGUGUGUUUUUCUGAGUGUUUUGUGUUUUGGUUGCAUUGUGUUGCUGUUUGUGUUUUAAACAUUGACACUUAACAAAACUUGUUUCUGUCUCAGGUGAAUUAAGAUGGGUAAUCGUAGGAACAAGCGUGUGAAGAAAACAAAGGAACCGAAGAACAAACUUGAAGAUAAGAAGCUGAAAGAAAUUGCGGAAGAUAUGGAUGUAGAAAUGGAGGAAGAAGAACCAAACAAUGAGGAACAAGUUGAAGAACAGAAUGAGGAUGAACAUAAUGCAGAAGAACAGACCAAAGAACCAGAAGCUAUUAAUAUGGAAACAAAUGAUGAAGAAGAAGUCUAAGCUGAAGAAGAAGUCGAAGCUGACCCAGAAGAUGAAGCAGAAGUCGAAGCUGGCCCAGAAGAUGGAGAAUAAGUCGACGCUGAUGCCAAUGUUGAUGAAGCGCAAACUCAGACUGAUACAGUUACUGCAUCACAACUUAAAAGACGUCGACGACCAACAAAGAUGAAAAACAUUGCCAGGGAUCCACACGAACGACAUCAUGUUGACUUCAAUGCUUUGGGAGAACCUUGUGGACCAGGGUCGGUAUCAUUAUCCUCCUACUUGGGACCCUUAGUACGUGAACAUGUUCCUGUGAUUAUUGAAAACUGGAAAAAAGUUGGUGAAGAUAUCUGAACUGUGCUGUGGAAAUCUAUUGAGGUAAGUUGAAUCUACUUUUACUUUCACUAUAAAGUUCACUUGUAAUUGAAUGUGUCUACCUUUCCUGCCUACAGAUGAGGUUUGACUUGGAUAAGGUUGUAAAUCCAAAGGCAUAUAUAUGGAGGCCUACAGUUAGCAAGACAGCUAUGGAGGAUUAUCUGAAAUGCUUUGUAGCAUGGCCUGCAAAUAGCGUUGUAUUUGAGUCAAAUACACAAAAUUCUCCUCAUCUACAACAAUCAGUAAGUUCAACUUCAAAGACUCAAAAGUCUCCAUUAAGUGCAGCAUCUUCGGCGAAGCAACCGGCAGCGAGUUCUAAAGCUAAGUCUAUGAAUGAGGAGUCUCCGUCAACUCCCCCAGCUCUUACAAAUAAACCAGCAGGUACUCAGAAAAAGAAGUCUCCAGUAACUCCAACAUCUCCUCUUCGCAGAUCAGAGCGUAACAAAUUCAAGCCAAAUCAAAAAGUUAAGCUCCUUGAUCUCUCAGAAAAUAAGGUGAUUGUAGCUGAAGGUCGUUGGUCAUCGAAUAAUCCAGAACAUCUUGUCCACUUUGAACCUUUGGGCCCUGGUGGAUGUCGAAUCUUUGUUGAUGUUGUGAAGGUUAAAGAUGCUGCUGUGUGGAGGACAACAUCUGAGAUCGAGUAUAUGGAAGAUGCACUUGGAAGCUGUCUUGCCUGGCCAGAGGAUAAAGUUGUAAUGGCGUAACCCCCAAGAAGGAAGCAACUGAGUUAUGUGUUCGCAUUUUAUGUUGUCCUUUGUUAUGAUAUGCCUUUGUUUCAAAACAUGACUCUGUCUUUUUUAUGACUCUGUUUUUAUGUAUGCUUUGGGUAUUCGUAUGCUUCGGAUCUAUGACUUAAUCGAACCAUAUCUUAUGUUAUGCA